AUGGCAGCAUAUUUCUGUUACAUUUUACAACAACUUAAAAUAUUCAAACAGAAUAAAAAUGUUUUGAAAUGGAGUAUAUGGUGGGCACUUACAAGUUGUGGAUUUUAUCAGAUUACAAAUUAUGUGCAAUCACUAUGGGCUACAAUGCAAAAUAUUUCCGAUAAUUUUAAUGGAAUUACCGAAUGCAUUAAUACUCUUAUUGGUGCAAUUAUAUCAUUUUCAUUGCAAUACAUUAAUAAAGAUUGGACAGUACACGAUGAAUUGAUAAUUUCAAUUACAACAGCUAUAAUUACUUUAUUAUUAAUUAUUAUGUCACAAAUUAAAUUAAUUAUCAUUGCAUAUAUCAAUUAUGUUAUCAUUACAGCCAUUUACAAUCUUCUCAUGACUGCUGCAUGUGCAACAAUUGCAUCAGAGCUUAAUUCGGCAAGUUAUGGUUUUAUUUUUGGAUUUAAUACCUUUGUGGCACUUUUAUUGGAGACAAUAAUUACAUUUGCAUUUGCUGAUAAGUAUGGCUUUGCAUUACCUAUACGAGAACAG